AUGGUGCUUGUUGCCUGCUCUGUCGCCCCCUCUGUGAGGAGAGCUUCUGCUCCAGAAAUGCUCAGGAACUAUACCCUACAGUACGUAAAGAUAAAUGCCCAGAUUGAAAGAGUAACUGGACAGCUCCGUGUGUUCGCGGAGUUACCCAAACCCAACAUCACAAGCAACAAGUCGGACCCCGUGGAGAACGUGGACUCUGUAGUAUUAACGUGUGAACCUAAGACUGAGAACACAAGCUACCUGUGGUCAGUAAACAAUAAGAGCCUCCCGGACAGCAGCAGGCUCGAGCUGUCCCUGGACAACAGGACCCUCACUUUACAUGCUGUCACAAGGAAUGACACAGGACCCUAUGAGUGUGAAACUUGGAACCCAGUCAGUGCCGGUCGUAGUGACCCAUUCACCCUGAAUGUUCUCUAGCCAGUGGCCCCGCCCACUCUCAACAUCAGCAACACCACAGUCACUGAACAUAAGGACUCUGUGGUCCUGACCUGCUCCACAAAUACCACAGGGGUCUCUAUCUGGUGGCUCUUCAACGGCCAGAGUCUAAAGCUCACGGAGAGGAUGAAGCUGUCUGAGGACAACAGCACCCUCACCAUAGACCCUGUCAGGAGGGAAGAUGCCGGGACUUACCAGUGUGAGGUCUCCAACCCAGUCAGUGCCAGCACAAGUGACCCCGUCAGGCUGACUGUGGAAUAUGAUCCCACACAACCAAGCUCUGGCCUCUCCCCUGGGGCUAUUGCUGGCAUCGUGAUUGGAGUCCUGGCUGGGGUUGCUCUGAUAGCAGCCCUGCUGUACUUUCUGUACAUCAGAAAGUCUGGCGGGACAAGUGACCUGCGUGAUCUCACAGAGCACAAACCCUCAGCCUCCAACCACAGUCAGGACCACUCUGACAAUGCGAAUAACAAGACUGAUGAAGUUGCAUAUUCUUCCCUGAACUUCAAUGCCCAGGCACCAGAGAAAUCAGCGUCAGCCUCCCCAUCCCCAACAGCCACAGAAACAGUUUAUUCAGAAGUCCAAAAGAAGUAAUGCAUCCUGCCCUACUCUCUGUGCUGCUGAUUCCUUCCAAGCUUCUCAUCCCCCUCACUAGGAGACCCUUUUCCCCUCGGGGAAAAGGGGAAGAAGCCUCUUUCCCCACUGCACUCCCUACCUGAGGCACCUCCAGGCUGCCUGGUUACAGCCCCUCCCUUCAGUGUCAAUAGACAAAAUGGUACAUCCGGGAUUCCUAGGAAACCCAACUUUCCUAGUCAUUGAAUUUUGUCAAAGCAGACCUUGGGAGGCUGCCAGAGCCUCCACCCCUCCCGCGUUUUCCUGACCUAACCCUGUUUUAAACUUAUUUAUUCAGGGCACAGUCAUUCCUUCCCACCCCCGUCCUGUCCUGUUUGAGUCCAACUUGAAUUUGCCAUAACCUUGUGAAUUAUGUCCUGAUUCACUGAAAUGCAUGUGCCAGAAAAAAAGAGAGAGAAGUAAAAGUAAAAGCUUCUAUCUCCCCACAGCCCAGUGUGAACCCACCACACACGGGCAAACAAAUAUAUAACCAAUGCUGAACCGAGAAAUUCCCCACCUUUGUCUACUGUCAGAGCUGUCUACCAAGGACUAAACACCUUGCCGCUUAACUCGAAUGCUCCUAAGCCAUCUGGCAAGCCUGUUUUUAGAGAACCCACUGGAAGCGAUUAGGAAAAUUAUUCACCAAGGUCCACAGGUGAUUCCUAAUGAAAAUGCCCCCAAAAUGCACAUUUCAUAACUUCAUGGGCUUUAUUCAAGAAAAUAUUCACAGAAGGAGGGCUUACAGCUUCAGGAAAUAUUCAGCUCUUAACAAUCAGCUCGGAAUUUGGGAAAAGUCAGAGGAGCUACACUUCAGAGAUUAUUUAAAUAAUUGUUAAAGAAUGCACAACGCGGCAUAUUGGGUUUUUUUCCCCUUUUCUCUGAGACAUUCCACCAUUUUGGUUUUUGCAUCUGCUUAUUUAUGUGAAAGGGGCUAUUUUUACUUAGCUUAUCUAUGUAAGCCAAUCUGACUGCCUUAGGGGAAAGAAGCCACCAACCCCCCACCCCCAAGUCCCCUUGGCCCCUUGAUGUCUGGGCUCCAAAUGGAAAAGAAGCAGCAGCAGUUUGCCUCCUUUGUGGCUAGAAAUGGGUCUAACUCAGUUUCCCAGCAUCUCAGGCCAGACUGCAACCACCAUUCCAUUCCAUGGGGGCCUCUGCUCGGUGUGGCAUCUGCCUCACUCAUUUCCUCAGGUGACCCAGCCUCUGCUAAGGUGCUUUUGGUCCUUGACAAGUGGGGAUGCCCUGAAGGGAACACACUCAAGCCCUGUUGGCACUGUUUACACCCUGGAAAGCUGCACUUUUGCUGAUGCUCCUGGAAUGGGGCUGUGAGAAAUUAGGCCAGGGGGAGGGUGAUAACUGAGCCGGAGGCUUCUUGAACAGCCUCUGAAAUGUUUUCUCCUGUGGGGUCUGCGAGUCUGAGUCCCAGUGUGCAGAACAGAAAAGAAGAACAGGAGGAGAAGCAAUGCACUUCCCAUCCAGCCCCGCUCUAAGCAGAUGGGAGUCUCUUUGGGGCUGUUGGGGAAAGGCUUAUAUUUUUUAUUGAUUACUUGAUGUCAUGCUGUGUCUAACAGCCCCUCAAAGAGGGCUAGUUGGGAAUUCUCUGUACUCAGGUACCUCUUUCAAGGGUUUUCUAACCCUCACACAGUCUGUAUAUACUUACCCUCAUCUCUGCUACUCUGGGUUAUUUAAUUUUGCCUGGCUAGGGCCACUUCUGAAUUAUUUGUAAAAGUUGCUCUAUAUUUAUAAUAAAAAUUAUAAAUUAGACACAAACA